AUGGCUUUGCACAACUAUAUAUACAACAAGCAUCCAGACAACGUGCUGGUCGAUGGUAAAAUAGCACGGAAGCAUGACCCUAGGCCAAUUUCAAUUAAAGUGCAUGGUGACCAAAUGCAAAAUAGCGAAAUAGUACAAGAAGAGAAGUUGGACAAUCCAAUCUAUAUCACGCAACGGUCCUCGUGUGAAUCAAUAAGAUCGACCUACGAGAUGGAGCUACUGAACGAACUGGACAAUGACGGUGAUUCCAGCGAAUCCAACCAUGCCUCGAGAGCACAGUCGCAUGGAAAUGGAGAUCAUCAAAACAGUCAUCAUCCGCAUCUAUAUAUUCCUUCUCAUGCGUUAGAUGAGACCAACAUGGACGACCAGUUUGCUGUCAACGAGAAGACCUUACCUUCCACUGAUUCCCUACUUGUCACCACGCCAAUAGCUACUAAAUGUGCUCCUCCGGGGGGGAAGGUAGCACCUAAGGCAUUCAAGUGGGUCGUUAUAGAUGGUAAGAAGCGCAAGUUGAGAAGCAGAGUGAAGAGCUCAACAACAAGACCAAAAUCUCCUAAAUGA